UUUUUUAAUGACGUCGUCGAGGGGCUGGGUGUAGUAGCUUUUAACGUUAAAAACCGUCCCGUGUGUUUCGCCUCUCUUCCUUUAACUUAAAAUAAGAAAAAAAAAAAAAAAAAAAAAACCUUUCACAAAAAGUCCGUAAAAAUUCGGAAAGUGUUUACAUUAUCCAAAUGCUAAAUUUUCCAUUGCCGUUAAAUGCGUGCAACAAACAAUUCUAAAAGUGUUCGUGUUAGUGAAUUAAUCGGUUUUUUUUUUUCAUAGAAAAAUUAACGGGUGAUCAAAAACGGGGGAAUUUUAAGUUAUAUUAGUGUGUAAAUUAUCGUCGUCAUUGUCGUUGCGAAUCAUCAAAAAAGUGAAAUAGAGACAGAGAGAAAGAGAGAGUGUAAGUGUGUGUGCGCGCGUGUGUUUGUGUUAAGAAAUUCAAGAACGAGAGCAUGAGCGAGGAAAGCAAUCCUCGUACCCUUUAUGUGGGUAAUCUCGAUGCCACCGUGUCCGAGGAUCUUUUGUGUGCUUUAUUCUCACAAAUUGGACAGGUGAAGGGAUGCAAGAUAAUACGUGAACCCGGCAAUGAUCCUUAUGCAUUCGUUGAAUUUACUAAUCAUCAAUGCGCGGCCACUGCGCUCGCCGCCAUGAACAAGCGCCUCUUUCUCGACAAGGAAAUGAAGGUGAAUUGGGCGACAAGUCCUGGUAAUCAACCGAAGCAAGAUACGAGUAAUCAUCAUCAUAUUUUUGUUGGUGAUUUAUCACCGGAAAUUGAGACACAAACAUUGAAGGAAGCAUUUGCGCCGUUUGGUGAAAUUAGCAAUUGUCGAAUUGUACGCGAUCCACAAACAUUGAAAAGUAAAGGUUAUGCGUUUGUUUCAUUUGUCAAAAAAUCGGAGGCUGAAGCCGCAAUUUCAGCAAUGAAUGGACAAUGGUUAGGAUCGCGUAGCAUCAGAACAAAUUGGUCGACGAGAAAACCACCACCACCAAGAUCGGAGAGGCCAAAGUAUCCGAAUAGCAGCAAACCUAAUUAUGAAGAGGUGUAUAACCAAAGUAGCCCAACAAACUGUACUGUAUAUUGCGGUGGUUUUACAAAUGGAAUAACGGAUGAGCUCAUAACCAAAACAUUUUCACCAUUUGGUACAAUUCAAGAUAUAAGGGUGUUUAAAGAUAAGGGUUAUGCUUUUAUUAAAUUCACAACUAAAGAAGCAGCGGCACAUGCAAUUGAAUCGACAAAUUAUACCGAGAUAAAUGGAUGUAUCGUCAAAUGUUUCUGGGGUAAAGAAAAUGGUGAUCCAAAUAGCGUAGGACCUAAUGCCAAUCAACAAGCUCAACAGGUGACGACAGGCGCUGGACAAUAUUCGUAUGGUUACGGACAACAAAUGGGUAUGGGAUAUAAUUGGUAUCCACAAAAUUAUACCCAAAUGCAGGGACAAUUCUUCCAGCAAGCUAGUUACUAUAAUCAUUAUUAUAAUCAACAACAAUAUAUGAGAAUGCAAUCGCCAGCGGCGGCGGCUGCUGCAGCGGCAGCGGGUACAUGGCAACCUGGACAACCAGGUGCACCACCACCAACACCCGCUGCACCACUUCCAUCAGGACAACAACCGGCAAUGGUAACAUACACCAUGCCACAAUAUCCCACGCAAUGAAAUCGAUCAUCAUCAUUAUUAUCAUCAUCAUCAACAACAAUAACAACAACAACAACAACAACAACAAUUAUUAUUAUUAUUAUCAUCAUUGAACGAUGCCAACUGAAACCAAUAAAAUACCGAAUAAUAUUCAAUCGAGGUGAAAAAAAAAGAGAAAGAGGGCCUUCUGCAAAAAAUUAAUUUUGCUCCCUUUUUUUGUCCAAAAAAAAAAAAAAAAAAAUGUUUUAUUUUAUGUUUUCUCUGAAAAAAUUGUUUUUCUUUUUUAAAUGUUCAAAGACUGGAAAAAAAAAUGUAGGUUCAAUUUAAAAAAAAAGGGGGAGGGAGGGAGGGGGUGGUGGAGAAAAUGUAAAAAAAAGAAUCGAAAAAAUUGAAUAGAGGGGGAAUUAGAAAAAGAGCCCUGCAUUCGGAGGGGGUAAACUGCAAUCGUAAUUUUGCAGUUUGUUUUUUUUUUUUUAAUUUGGCAUUUUUUCGCCUCUUUCCCUCUUUUCAGUUUUUAAAUUGCAAUUUUCUCUCUGAAAAAUAAAGAUUUCGUUCUCUUAUGAAAUCAUUAUAACAGUUGACGUGUCUUAUAUUUAAAAAAAAAAAAAAAUAAAAAUGUUCAUUCAUGAUCGAUUUACCGAAUAUGAUAUUGAACUAUUGUAGUGUAAGAUAGAAAAAAAAAUGAAGUUAGCUAGACACAGCGCCUGUGAUGUAGCUAGUUUUGAAUGCACACCGAUUUAAAAGAAGAAGAAGAAGAAAAAAACGUAUGCAGGGCCCUCGCGUUAAAAAAAAAUCGUUUUCUUUUUUUUUUUUUUUGUCAGGACUAAUCGAUCUUUAUCGUCGGUGGUUCGAUUUUUUUUUUUGGCAAAAAGGAAAAGAAAAUUCGCGUUGCCUAUCCAUUUUUCCAUGGGAUUUUUUCAAAAACAUUUUUUUUGUACUAUUUUCGAAAAAAAAAAAUUGUACCCUUUUUUUUAAAAUUUCAAAUAUGUUUGAUCUUGACAAAAGUCCCCCGCUUUUUUUUUUCUUUUUUUUUUUGAACUAUUAAUGACGAAAUUUAAAAACUAACAGUUAAUACAUUACAUAUGAAUGAUGAAAAAAUGAAUUUUUGAUGAAAGGAAAAAAAUCAUUUUUGAAAGUUGACGAAAAAAAAAAAAAAACGAUUGAUCGAAAAUGUUGAUCAUUUUUGAUUAAUAUGAGAGAAGGAAAAAAAGCUUUCGAAAAAAAAGAAAGUAAAUAAAAAAAUUGAGAAUAGUAAUUUAAAAAAAAAAAAGAAAAAUGAAAACUAUUUCAAUAAAUAUUUAAAAAAAAGAAAAUUAAAAAUACAACCAAGUUCGAAUUAUAAGAUUUUUAUAUAAACCUCCAACCCCCUUGUUUUUUUUUUUUUUUUUGAUAUUUCAAUCAAUUUUUUCAACUUCAGUAGGCAAAUAAAAAAAAAAAAUUUUAAAUUAAAAUUGAAAUGAAAAGAAGCCUUAAUUAAAAAACGCCCUUUAUAUAUAAUUUUUGUUUAAAAAAAAUCUUCCAAUUUCUUUUUUUUUUUUUUUUUUUUUUUUCUCUUUUUUGUAUACUCGAAUACUGUAAAGCAGUGGUUCCGAAUUGCUUCAAAUCUUUUUAUUCUCCUAUUAUAAUUAUAAUAAUAAUAAUAAUAAUAAUAAUAACUCUUUGCUGAUGAAUCAUUCCAAAAAAACAAGCAUUUUUCCUGAAUUUAUUAACUUGAAUUGUAAAUAUAAUAGAAAGGGAAAAUAGCAAAGGGCCACUUAUAUUAAGAAAGCGAGCGCGAGAGAGAGAGAGAGAGCGAGAGAGAUGAAAGAGAAAAAGAGAGAGAGAGAAUGAAAAAGUUAGAAAAAAAAUAGAUAAAAAUAGCAGUUAAAAAAAAAACGAAGUAAACAAUUUUUAGUUAGUUUAUUGGUGAAAGUUGUUGAAGAAGAAAAAUAAUAAAUUUUUUGCGUUAUACGGCUACCGACGAUAAAAAAUGAUUUUGAAAAAAAAAAAGUUUCUUAAGAAUUUUUACAAAAAAAAAAAAAAAAAAAAAUUAGACGUUAUUAAAAUAAUAAUAAUAAAAAAAAAAAAAAUGAAAAAGUAACAACAAAGAAUUUACACGAGCACGAGUGUUUAGUCAAGUAAUAUUAGUGAGAAGAAGAAAAAAAAAAUGAAAACUAAUAACGAAAGUCAACUAAUACGAAAACUUGACGCGAGUAAAGAAAGAAAAAAUGGAUCAAUAAUCAAUCAAGUGAUGCAAGACGUAAAAAAAAAAAAAGAGUGUUAUAUAAAGGUAAAUUUAGGUACAUGAAGGGUGUCAAAAAAAAAAAAAAAAAACCCUCGACAAUGCUUAGGAUAAUGUUAUCUUAUAAUAAAAAGAAAAAAACAAAAAAACAAACAAAUUGUCCUUUGAAUGAAAGAAGGAAUAAAUAUUUAAAAUACAA